UCUUUCAAGCAUUUUGCUUCAGCUGUCUAAAUAAUAACUAUGCUUCUUAUGAUGAUAACCCCCUUCUGGAUUCUUAUUGCCAGUCUUUACAGGAUAGGUCCUGUUCAAGCUGUUAAUCUUCAACAGAAGCCAUCAUUUAUAUCAGCUAAUCUGGGUGAAGCUGUUACACUUUGCUGCACAUUUGACAAAAGCACAAGUAACGAGCGAAUGGUUUGGUAUAAGCAGAAAGUGGGACAGACUCUUCAGUGGGUGGGAAUGAUUUUAACAAAUGUAGAUCCCAUGCUUUCAGAUGAGUUCAAACAAUCAGGAAUCCAACUGGAGGUAAACAAGAGCAGCAUUUCUCUGACUAUUCAACACACCACUAAAGACGAUGAGGGAAUGUACUUCUGUGGUUUAUCUCACGCAAACACGAUUAAGUUUUCCACGGGAACUUUCUUAUCUGUGACAGGUCCAAAAGAGUUAAACAUAUCAGUGCUCCAAACUCCAGUACGGGGGUCAGUAUCUCCAGGAGAGUCGGUCACUCUGCAGUGCGCGGUCCUCUCUGAGAUCAGAGCAGCAGAUCUCCGAGUGCUCUGGGUCAGAGCUGCUGCAGGACAAUCCUUUCCUGAAAUCAUUUACACUCAUCAGAACAGCGGCAGCCGUCAGUGUGAGAUCAGCUCUUCUACAAGCUGCUCUCUGUAUGAGUUGUCUAAGAACAUCCUCGACCAGCACCACACUGGAACUUACUACUGCGCUGUGGCUGUCUGUGGGAAGAUCAUUGUUGGAAAUGGAACAACAGUAGAACUGACACGGCCUCUGGAUCCCGUGGUGAUCUGUCUGGGAGCAGCUUUUGGAGUGUGUGUGGUUGUGAUCUCUGUCCAAACCACUGUAAUCUGUAUACAGAGAAACUGUAAGAAACACUGCAGCACAGAGAAACUUAAUGUCUCAGUCAAAGAGAAGACCAUCAAACAGGAUGAAGAUGCUGAGGAGCUGAAUUAUGCAGCCUUAAGUUUCCAUGAAAGGAAAACUAAAAGAGGAAGACAGAAACGAGAACAGCCACAAGAAGACACUCUGUAUUCUGCAGUGAGGGGCUCCUGUGUUAAUGACCGCAGAGUCACUCAUUAAGUUCUUUUUUACUUAAUUCUAAUAGAAGCAAAACUACCUACAAUGCACGAUUUUCAUCUAAUGUGGUGGAAGAUGUCAAGCCAGGUACCUACCUGACUGAAAAUGAAACACCAUGUCAUGUGAUUCUCACUAAGAAGUGAAUGAUUAGACCUACCAGUGUUGAACUGUCAGAGAGAGAAGAGGGCCUUAAUGAGAUCAUUCAGUCAUUGGUCUAAAUGUUUGUCUGAAAAAAAGUUGUAAUUAAUUAUAGAAUUAAUGAUGA